GGGAACAAUUGUAAAUUUUCUUCCAUUUAGCUGCAAGCAUAAGACCAUGAGUGAAAACAAUGCAUUUUCUUAUGCUUUGACGCAAGGUAUAAAAACACCGUCAACCUGUUCUAUCAACAUCAGUCACUCAAAGUCAUUUGCUUACAGUUCAGUUCAGCCUAGAACCAAUCCCCACUCAAAAUGUUCAAGCUCGUAGCUCUUACCAUUGUGCUGGCCGCCAUCGCCGCCCAAGCCGCACCACAGCUGCCAUCCAUCCCGGAGAUGCCAGCCACCCCGGAAAUGCCGGCCACUCCGGAAAUGCCAGGAGGCGCCGAAAUGCCAGCCACCCCAGAGAUGCCAGCCACUCCGGAAAUGCCAGCCGAAGGUGCCCCAAGUGCCGAGAGUGCCACCAUGCCCAACCUGCCCAACCGUAUCUCCAACCGAAUCUCGAACAGCGUGAACCGCGGCAACAGCCGUAACUAAGCGGGGAACAAUAAUCGAUCGUCCUGGAUGUUGCUGGAAGCUGCAAAAGCUGACAAAGGAAACCAAGGGAACCGAAUGUGUUGAAAAGAACAGACAUGAUUGGGUUAAUGUAAAUAAAUUGAAGAAGGAGAAUAAUUAAAAG